GGACGGGGUGCUGUGACGAGAUGGAAACAGCACGAGCUGCUUCUCGUGGACCUGAUCUACCGAAAUCCGUACUGAACUCGUGCAUGGGUGAUGCAGGAGAUGUUUCUUGCGCGCCACACUACAGUCUGGCUGGACGGGAUACCCAUGGCCUUGGAAUUCCUCCAAGCCUUUCAAGACUACAUCUUCAAAGGGCCCUAUGCAGCUGCGUUGCCAAUCAUCAAGAAGCACAACCCUCAUUCCCAUGGCUUCCAUCUCGCAGCCUCCAGCGGUCUGGAAUCCAUCGACCUCAUUGCCUUACUGGAUCGAUUCUCCGACAAGGCAUGUGCUGACCCUCGCGAUCGUGUCUUCUCACUCCUUUCUCUAUGCAGCACACAUCCUCCCACCUUCCUAGUGGACUAUGGCAUGUCCAUCUGUUGCCUGUCUUACUCGGUGCUGUCCGCGCACCCCAAGCCUCUAUGUCCCUGCUCCAUCACGUUCGUGACCCGCGCGCUUCGAUUUCCGACAGCAGCGCCGAUCGAGGACGUCCGGCAUAUUCUCGCAGGGCCGUGGGCCGAGUUCGAGUUUCAGCACUCGCCCUCAAAAGCAAGCAGAUUCGACGCAGAGCUGCUAGAGCUCUUCGGCAACUGCGAUCACUACGGGCAUUGCACCAGCCGCAUUGCGCUGCACACCGCUGGCGUGCACAGGAGUAGUGCCAAGAUAAUGCCUGGCGGUUCGGGGCGCAGACGCACCGUUCGCAUCGCUCUCUGGCUGCUGUCGUCGUGUCUGCGGCCGACUUAUAAUAUCCCCAUCGGGUCGCGCACGUCGGCGCCCGUACGCCUCGGAUGGGGCGAGAUCGCUGGGCCGCUGCGUAGAGCGCCACCACAAGCUUCGCACGUGCAAUGAGCGGAAGCCGUCCGAAUGUGUCGAGGGUAAGGUCUGGCACGGGAGCGUCGAUCGUUCAAGUCUACCUGCAGAAGAGCGGAAUCGAAUCUUUCGCAUACUCAUUUCAUAUGUACUUGUUGUGCGCUCUUGGGACUUCAGAUAUCGUCUUGUUCAUCCCCUUUGCUAUCGCGCGCCUCCAGACAUGCAUCGUUCUCCGACCGAUACGACAAAGUCCAUGUUGGGUGGGUAAAAG